GCUGUAUUUAACACGAGAAAAAAAGAGAUACAACUACACAGCACGCAUGCACGCAAGUAAAUAAAGUCCGUGUUAGUCUUACAGACAGCUGAUUACAGCCACCGAUAAGGUAAUUGUAGUUAAACCACUUCUAUGAGAGCGCGCGACACUCACUUGCCUGCUAGCUAGCCUGAUGUUAGCUUAGUCAGAUUGUUGUCACGUGUUCUGAACAGACAGAGUCGCUGUUCUGCUUCCCAAAUGUCUUCAUCCGACCGCGACCCGAACUUCUGCCCGGACUGUGGCAGCGUCCUGCCGCUGCCAGGACUGUCCAACACUGUGCGCUGCCCACGUUGCAGCUUCUGCACGCCAGUGACAGAGUUCUUGGGACGGGAAAUCCAGUCGACAGUUAUCUUCAACCCCGCUGAGCAGACCUCGCUGGCUCUGGAGGACGAGGACACAGAGCUGAAGGGGCCUGUGAUCGACCGACGCUGUACUCGCUGCAACAAAGAAGGCAUGAUCUACCACACCAGACAGAUGAGAUCUGCAGACGAAGGACAGACGGUCUUCUUCACCUGCAUCCACUGCAGGUUCCAGGAAAAGGAGGACUCCUGAGAAGAGCUCAUUUCUCUUUCUCCUCCAUCACUGCGUUUGGAUCUGACCCGAACAAUCACCCAGACUCCGGUUGCUGUGAUUGAGAGAAAAACUAAAGGACUGCAGCUGAAUCUUUUAUGUAGUGUUUUUGCUGUUAAACUGAAUGUUCCUGUUUAUGUGUGGGUCCACUCCACCUUUUGGCACCUAUAAAACUGGUGAUUCUAAAAAAGAAAAACAUGAAUUGAAGUCUCUAAUGUAAAGAAGUGACUCUGCUGCCGUGAAGGUUCAGUCCUGCUGUCUGGGGGACAAUCAGGUUUAUAUAUACAUUUUACAGAAGUUAGCUAAAAUUAAGGAGCAGGACGGCACCUCAGCAACAACUACAGUAGACGUCAGCAAUAAAACUGUACCAGCUUUCUAUGUAUCUUUUUGUCCUGAAGCAUGUACUGCAUGCAUUUUCUCAGAAAUAUAUAUGAUUUUUCUAGUUUGAUCAAUUUUUUUUUAAACUCUUUAAAAAAAAAAAAACUUUAAAUUUUCACUGUUAUUCUAAAAUGUGUUUUAUAUAGUAUUUUACAGCAUUUGAAAUAUCCAGAAAGGUUUUCAUUCAUAUAGAUAUAUUUUUUCUUUAAUUAAUAAAGAACGCUCUGGUUAUCCAA